GUCCGGUGCGCCAGAGGUGUGUCAGAAAAAUGCCGUUUGUCUGCAGGAAUGCGCCGCGAGGAGCAACGCAGUGCAUCAAAUUCCCAAAUGAAAAUGAAGAGGCGGCCAUUUUUAAGCGUGACAACAGAAGCGAAUACUGCAACAAGACUGCAGCUCUGCUUACCUUUUAGCUUUGACAUGAUCGCAGCUUCUGGACAGGUGGCAGAAGAAUCUUGAUUGUCUAUACUUACUGUUUGUCCCCUGUUAUUGGAUGGCGACCAGUCCAGGGUGAACUACACACUUUUCUCCUUAAGUCAACCGGGACAAACUAAAGAUUGAAAAUUGUGCAAGUGUGUCUACUACUGUCGUCAAUAAGUGUCUUCCCCCCCCCCCUCAUGCGUUUGUUAUAAUUGAUCCUCAUGUGAACAAUCCAAGGCAUUGCCCCUCUGCCCCCUUGUGACCUUGAGAUAAAUGCUUUGCACUUAAUGAUUUGACUCUGCUAGUAAAAAUGAGAUCCACGGGGAGCGGAUGGCGUUCGCAUGCAGCCCGCACGCACGUCACAGUCCUGACAUCAGCACCGAGCUUAAAUACCCGCACAGAGUAGGAGCGUGUACACACAAGCAAGCGCACCUCCAUGCGGGAUAAAAACAGUUGAAGUGAGCAGCAAGUCGCACCUGACGCUCUUUCUGAUCUUUGUUGUUUGCUUUGUUUUGGGAUGAUCAAAAGUAAAAACUCUUUCGCCCGUUUGCUGUUGUUGUUCUUGUUUAUUUUUUCUAAAUGAUGAUCAACGACACCACGGCGUUGGACGCAAACGGUUCGGAGCCGGCUCUCUCUCUGGGUCACAACCACAGCGCGUUCCCCACGCUGAGGCUCGAAUCCCGGUCUCUGGUCACCUCGGCCACCAUGUUCGCCGUGGGCGUCCUGGGGAACGUGAUCGCCAUCGUGGUCCUGUGCGUGUCCAAGAAGGAGCAGAAGGAGACCACUUUUUACACACUGGUGUGCGGCAUGGCCAUCACGGACCUCCUGGGGACGUGUUUCACCAGCCCGGUGGUGAUCGCCACCUACGUGGCCAGCCGGUGGCCCGGCGGAGCGCUUCUUUGUCACUUUUUCUCCUUCUCCAUGCUCUUCUUUGGCUCGGCCGGCAUGUCCAUCCUGUGCGCCAUGGCCGUGGAGAGAUACCUGGCCAUUAACCACGCCUACUUCUACUCCCAGCACAUAGACAGGACCAUGGCGCGUUUCGCCCUCCUCGCGGUCUACCUGGCCAACAUGGUCCUGUGCGUCAUGCCCAGUUUCGGCUUCGGGCAGCAUGUUCGACACUUCCCGGGAACUUGGUGCUUUCUCGACUGGAGGGCGACGGAUCCUCUGGGUGCGUGCUACUCGUUCCUGUACGGCGGCGUGAUGUCACUGCUCAUCGCCGCCACUGUGCUGUGCAACUUGGCCGUGUGCAAGUCGCUGGUGGGCAUGAACCAGAGGACCGGGAUCGUUCGAGCCGAGCCGUGCGAGCAGGGCGGCUCCCGAAGACGCUUCCCACGGUUCCAGCCGGUGUCCUCGGCGGCGGAGAUUCAAAUGUUCUGGCUGCUCGUUUUUAUGACGAUCGUUUUCCUGGUGUGUUCCAUCCCUCUAGUGGUGAGAAUUUUCGUGAAUCAGCUUUACGACCCUGAUUAUAUUUCCGCCGGAGGGAAGCCCGACUACCGCAGCGACCUGUUGGCCAUUCGCUUCGCCUCCUUCAACCCCAUUUUGGACCCGUGGGUGUACAUCCUGUGCCGGAAAAACCUGCUUUUGAAGGGCUGCGGGAAGUUGAAGCGGGCGGUCACCCGUGUGAAAGAAAGCAGCGGAGAACAUCUCGGCUGGGUCGGAGGUCAGGACUCCCCUCCGUCUUUCAACACAAACGACACCAGCUACGCGUCGAUACGGCGGAAAGAUGCGGGGCAGCGAAUGGCCACCGAGGAAAAGCCUUCCUUCACUCACUUCGCCAUGAGACACGCCUGGGACUACGACACAGCUCGGGUCAACUUCCACCCGUUCAGCGUGGAAGCGAGCGCGAUGCCUAAAGACGAAAACAAAAUUGAGGCUGAUGCAAAGCAGCAGCAGAGCGAUUCGGUGGCGGCCUCGCCGGGACAGCCCACUUGUGCGCAUGUCAGGACAGGCGAGAUGGUCACAUGCACAUUUAGCACCCCGAGUUCCUGUCGGUCAGUCAAAUACCUCUAAUGCAGUGUUUUUCAUGCCUGCCCUUUACUGAGCCAAGGCAUAUAUAUUUUACAUUUGGAAAAAAAAAUGUCACGAAACGUCCAGCCAUUAUGAUGAUCUCAUCUCAUUUUGCAUGAUUGGCAAAAUGUGGGUAUGCCUUAUGUAUCGGCGGGCAUUUAUAUGUCACUGUAUGUUGCUGCCAUUGACAGAUAAAUCAUGAUAUAUUAUUUGUAGUAAAUACAAAGUUGAAGUGGAACAUUUUUCACGGCACUUCUGCUGAUCUCUGAUGACGCUCUGAGCCAUGGCACAGGGGUUGGGAAUUACUCCUAUCAUAAAUGUAUGAUUAAUAAUAACGGAUCUUUUGAAGAAGUCUUCUUUUGCAGCCUGCAUAAAGAGACCAUUCAUAGGACACGUUAUUAGGUAACUGUGCACAGGGACGAUAUCCAAGACAGAAGAUUUACAAAAAAAAAGAGAAAAAGUCUCGAGUAAUCCUCAUAAUAAUGCUCAGUUUUGAUCAACACUGCCUCAUAGUGACAGGGGUUUGAAAUAGUUUGCUUACGUUACUAAGAUGAGAAGAGCAAGCUAUCGACACGCAUCCCUGUACAAAAAAAGUGCAAUUUCGCAUCAAUAUUACUUAGCAUAUUUGAUUUCAUAUUGGUGUUCAAAUAUGAGGCUUAUGAUCUUGUGAAAGCUAAAUUUUUAAGAGACAGCACUUGAAUUGUAUUAGUGAAUGUGAAUGUUUUUCCUCAUGGUUUGGAAGAGAGGCUAGCACAGUUUACUUCUCAGUGAGCUUACAAUACAUUUACUCCAUGUGACAAAUAUGUACCGUUUUUACACUGCUUUUAUGUAGAAUCGAUUU